UUCCUUCCUCUGUAUGCAAACACCAAACGACACUUUGAUUUUUUUGGUUCUCACUUCUCCACUCUCUCCUUCCCUUCAGAGAGCCUGUGAAUUCAUCUCUGCGAACCCAUAUGAAAGUUUAUCUCUUUUGAACCAGGUCUUGUUUUUCACGUGGGUUCUUGACUUUCAAGCUCUUCCAUGGAGAUGGAAUCAGAUCAGCCAGAUGAUGUUGGUAAUUGCAUCGAAGAGAAAUCUGUUCAGCAUUUACUUGAUCCAGGUAGUCCUGAUAUAAGCAAUAUGUUCGGAGAGCAGCAAGUGGCUCCCCGAGUUGGUGAUGCAUACCAAGUGGAAAUCCCUUCCCUGACUAUGGACGCUGAGCAGUAUAAGCUUUUGACUAAUCCUGCUCAUUCAAAAGUUGUUGAUGGUUCCCAUUACUUUCUAGUUGGUUUGCCCGUACCAAUUGUAUAUUCUGACGAAGUGAAUAACAUUGAAGAUCGCAGGCUGGAAUCUCCAAUUAACCCUGAUAAUGUGGUUAAUGGAAAGAGUUCUAAGGAAGCUAGAAAGAGAAAGAAGGAUCCUACUAGACUGAGGAAGAAAAGUUCAAAACUCAAAGUUGCAGCCUUGUUAUUUGGGUUGGACAAGGUAGAAGAAUCAAAAGCAGAAAAUAUUGAGCCGCCGGUGGUGGAAGAGAAUGCAAAUCAGUCGCUGAGAAGCAAGUGCUGUUAUCCAGUUCCCGGUUCAUCAAGAAGCACUUGGAGUGAUGCUGAAGUGGAUAGCUUUCUUCUGGGUUUAUACAUUUUCGGGAAGAGCUUUUACCAGGUGAAGAGAUUCAUGGAGAACAAAGCCAUGGGAGAAAUACUGUCAUUUUAUUAUGGGAAGUUUUAUAGGUCUGAUGCACACCGCAGAUGGUCAGAGUGCCGGAAAAGUAGAAGAAAGAAAUGUAUACUUGGGGAGAAAAUUUUCACAGGGUGGAGGCAACGGGAGCUGUUAUCUCGUAUAAUUCCUCAUGUCUCAGAAGAAUCUCAAAAAUGUUUAUCAGAGGGUUACAAAUUAUUUGCAGAGGGGACAACGUCUCUAGAAGAAUAUGUAUCCUUCUUAAAGUCCAUUGUUGGCAUUCGUGUCCUUGUGGUAGCUAUAGGAAUUGGGAAAGGGAAAGAAGAUCUCACAGGCUUUGCCCUGGAAGCUGGAAAGAACAAUCAGGAGCUUCCAGCUUGUCCAAAAUUACCAGCUUGCAAAGCAUUUAGUUCUCUUACAUUCAGUGAAAUAAUUAAAUAUUUGACCGGAGGAGUUCGGUUGAGCAAAGGGCGAUCUAACGAUAUCUUUUGGGAGGCUGUUUGGCCGCGUUUGCUAGCAAAUGGAUGGCAUUCUGAGCAACCUACAUAUUCUUUGGUUUUUCUUAUGCCUGGCAUAAAGAAGUUCAAAAGAAGAAAAUUGACAAGGGGAGAUCAGUAUUUUGAUUCUGUUAGCGAUGUUCUGAACAAAGUGGCAUCUGAACCAGAACUUAUUCAACUUCAAGGUGAAGAAGAACUUGUUCCAGAGGCGACAUCAGACCAGGAUGAUCUAUCUAAUCAUCAACGCCAUUGCUACCUCAAACCAAGGGUCGUUACUAGCAAACCAAACCGCAUGCAGUUCACUGUUGUUGAUACCAGUUUGGUCCAUGGAGCAAAAUCACGUGGCAUAGUGGAACUGAAAUACUCACCAGUUGAACUCCAAAGUAAUUCAGAACAAACCAAUUGUUCAAGAGAAAAUGAAGGGGACUCUUGUGAGAAUAAAUUAAAUGGACAUGAAAGUGAUACUGCUGAAAUGCAAUUGAACAGUAAAACCAAUAUGGCCAAGCACCUGAAGCGUAAGAGGUUCACAAUUGUCGAUACCAGUCUAGUUCAUAGAGGAAAAUCAUCAACAGUUACAGAACUGAGAUGCUCGCCAACUGUGUUUGAAAGUGUUUCUAAGUCAACUGGUCUUUUACAGGAAACUGAAGAAAAUUCGUCUGCGGAUUUACUGGCCAAGCAUAAGCCUGAUGCUGCUGAUAUUUCAUUGGAUGGUGAAGUGAAUAAUUUCAGCGACAACUGCCAUAGGGAUAUAUCUGAUAUUGGUGGUACAAACCAAAUGGAAGACAAAAAUAGCUCAGAUUCUACAGAAAAAAUAGAAGGCCACCCGAAUAAAAAAAAGGGGAUGUCUGAUGACAAGAAGCCGAAGAGGACUACAUUACUUAAGUUUAGUCGGAAACAGAAAUAUAGACAUUCAAAUUCUGUAGGUUCUCUCCCCAAACGCCGAAGAUUAGCUGCUUGUGCUAAGGCAGAAACAGGUUGCCUCGUCAACAGUAGCUCUCAAGGUUUGCAGUCAGAACAAGUGGGAUCCCAUGGCCCAUUGAAUUCUCUAGAUGCAGGCGAGCUUGUUGUUUCUCUAGCGGGUCCUCUUGAAAGGGAGCCAUCAAUUGCUUCUCUUGCUGAAGGUAGUCCAGUAAGGGAGAGUAGUUCUGAAACUCAUGGUGGGAAUUGUUCAGGUGAGCGCAUGUCGCAUGAGAAGAAUGAGAAUCAUCAAGACCAGGAAUCAUCCAUCCUAAACCUACAUCAGGAUUUGAUGGACAGUAGAAACAGUGAAAACAUUGUUGUGUUCAACUUGGAAACAAAUGUAGACAGUCUGUGCCUCUCAUCAACUGAAGCACAUGUUGUAGACACUUUGAGUACCUCUAACAUGAUCUCUAGGAGGCAAAGCACAAGAAACCGACCGCUAACAGCUAGAGCAUUGGAAGCUCUUGCAGACGGGUUAUUAGGAAUUAAAAAGAGAAAAAACCACUCAGAAGAUGUCCCUGGGGAAAAUCAAGUAUCAAGACCCUCCCGCAAGGCCCGGAAGAGAGUCAGGGUAACUUCAAGUCAUGCUGAUACUGUUAGUGGAAUUGUGGCUUCAGAAGAAAAUGAGGUGAACGAAGGUUUGAAUGUUAGCAAAGAUACGGAUAGCAAACCUCUUGAUCAAACUGGAGAAAAGUGGCCAACUAGCCACUAGGUGUGUUUGAAGACUUGUGUCAUCUUGAAGUUGUGAUUUUCAGAAGAAUUAACCCUGGUAAGGUACUAAUCUAUCUUUUGAUUUGUAAAGUGGUUUCAAAACUGCACAAAGUAGUAACUGUCAAAUCUUCCAGAUGGACAAGAAUAUUGUCAAAUAUUUUCGAAAAUUCAAUGAUAGGAGAUUAAACUAGGCAAAUUUGACAGCACUUUUGAUAGCUAUUCAUGGUUUUUGGGGUAAAUAGGAAAUUUCUCGUCUGAGCUAUGGAUGACUGUUUCAAGGGGUCACUUGCUGUUCAAGUUUCUUCCAAAACUGUUUAGUUAGUGGGUUUGCAAAGAUAAUAUAGUCUGACAUGAUGAACAGAACUUUAAUUUCUGGUAAUCUCUUAUGAACUCAUCAUCGUUGUAAGUUAAACAUGUAUUCGGAAAAAGAUCCGGGGCUGGUUUUGAUGACCUUUUUGUUGGCACUUUUUCUAUUUCAGCAGGGUUUUAAGGUUUGGUGGGUGCUUUUUUUU